AUGUCGUGUUUGCGCGGAAAAUCUACUGCUGACUUCAAACCCCGAACAGGCGUGGUAGGGAUGCUAGAGGUGCUGUUUCUGGGGCAAGGGGCUGUCCGCUUCGACACGAGCAUCCGGGUGGGCACCGCCGUUUCCAUCUUCUUCGACGCGAUGCUGGGAAAAUUGAUUAUGCACGCUGCCACACGUGCCACAACGAUCAAAAAGAUGCUCCAGGUGCUGCAGACCACGGUGCUGAUCGGACUUCCCUCUAACACCACGUUCAUGAGUUCAUGCCUGCGCCACCCAAGCUUCGUCGAUGGCAGCUGCAACACGCCGCUCAUCCCAAACAACCUUGUCUGGCUGCUCAACUUACCGUGCAGCUUGCCCACGCUGCGCUGA